AGGUAGGCUGGUAUGUUGGUAAGUACUAGUUAGGUAGGUGUUCGACAUGGGGAUAAAAACUGAGGAUGAGGAUACUGUUCUAAUUGAGUGCUACUCCCCCUUUUUUUUUCCCUUUUUUCUUCUUCUUUUCGUUUUCUCUCCUUAUCUCCUUUAUCCCCCUUUUUCUUCCUCUGUGCUUACUGAGGCGAGCCGAGCUGGGAUGAUCACCCAUCACCCUCUCUUUCCUUCCCUUUGCCUCUUUUUUCAGUCCAUCCAUGUCUAUUCUAUCCUCUUCUUGCCGAUCACAAAUCCCACCGUUGCUGCUCCUCUAUUCGUCCGUCUUCCAUGACAUAUCCUAGUCAUCAGUCACCAACCACUACCUAGCUGCCUACUCAAGGUAGCUAGCCUGCCCGUGCCUGACAUAAAGCACGAUAUGAAGCCAUCUCUGCCGCAUCAUUCGCUCUACUUGUUCCAUUUCCAACGCCGAACCCUCUCCCGUGACUCCCAUC